AUGGAGCUCUCCCAUGUUGGCAAGCAUUGUCUCUUGCCAAACUGCAACCAAUUAGACUUUUUGCCAUUCAACUGUGCUUAUUGUGCAAACACCUAUUGUCAAGAUCAUUGGAGAGUUAGCGGCCAUUCAUGUGAGAAGGCACCAACAGAUUACUAUGCACCCGUUUGCCCAGUCUGCUCAAAAGUAGUGCCAGUACCUCGAAAUGAGGACCCAAACCUCAAGGUCGAUGAACACAUCCGCAACGGAUGCCCAACUCCCAAAACAACAACUACAGAAGCCUAUACAAACAAGUGUUCGAUGCCAGGGUGCAAGACCAAAGAAGUCGUCCCUAUACUAUGCAAGAAGUGUCUCAAAUCUCACUGUUUGAAGCAUCGCUUUGAAACAGACCACAACUGUACGCCUGUGGGAACUGGAAAUAGUAGGAAUACCGCAGCUGCAAGGGCUGCUCUUGCUCGAACUCAAAUAUCCAAGGCAUCACAACCAGCGAAACAACCAGUCAAAGCACCACAUCCACCACAGCCACCACUACCUGCCAUUAAGGCACAACAACCAAGGAUGAAUGAUGCUGUAUUGGCAGCUCACCUCUCAUCUGGCUUGACUGAAGAUGAACAAAUAGCUUUGGCAGUACAACAGUCUUUAGAACAACCAACAUCACCAAGGCCAACGAACUGGGUCGUCUCAUGA